CGCUCCGACCUUUCUCUCUCUCUCUAUGGCGUCUUCCUGUUUCUGCCCACCCAAUCCCGCCUUCUCCCCACACUCCCACCGCAAAGCCACCCUACGUGACUUCGCCGUGCGCCUCCCUGCCUCCGCUACUCUUCCUUCUCGGUGCCGUUUGGAGUCUAAUGCUCCCAACCGACUAAAGGUGUUUGCAAGCUCCGCGGUUCCCGUGAUGGAUCAGUCUCCUCAGAGUAAAGCAUCUUCUCCCGUCCCCACGGUUGUUGAGGUUGAUUUGGGUGACCGGAGCUACCCGAUUUACAUCGGCUCUGGUCUUCUUCAUCAACCCGAGUUUCUUCAGAGCUAGUUUUUAAUUACUCUA